UCCUCCUCAUAAUUCCCUCUCUCUCUCUCUCUCUCUCUCUCUCUCUCUCUACAGAAGAUACCUUUUGGUUGCAUUGUGUCAUCACAGUCAAUUCAGUGUCAUCCUUGUUAAAAAUGGCAGCAGAACCAAACACUUCAGAAGCUGAAAGCACGACGAGCAACUCAUCUCUAUGUUCAGUAGCCUCUUCUCCGUGUUUAUCUGGGUUGUUGCAGAGUACUACUCAUUCCAACUCACCCUCCAACACUGCCAAGAAUCCCAAAACAAGUCAGAAAGGCGACUCAAACUCAGAGCAGCAGCAGAAGUCGCUUAAAAGAGGAAGGGAAUCUAGAGUUGAUAAUAACAGCAGCAAGCACCCGGUUUACAGAGGAGUACGAAUGCGCAAUUGGGGCAAAUGGGUGUCCGAAAUUCGCGAGCCUCGCAAGAAGUCACGUAUCUGGCUAGGCACAUUUUCGACAGCGGAAAUGGCAGCCCGUGCCCACGACGUGGCAGCCCUGAGCAUCAAGGGCAACUCGGCCAUUCUAAACUUCCCAGAAUUGGUCGAGUUGCUGCCCCGUCCGGAGUCACUCAAACCUCCGGACAUUCAAGCUGCCGCGGCCAAAGCGGCAGCUAUGGUUCAUCUGAGUUCUACCACCACAACAUCAUCGUCGUCCACAUCCUCAUCCUCAUCCUCUUCCUCGUCAGAGGGUUUGGAAUCCGAAGAGGACCUAGGCGAGAUUGUGGAGUUACCCAACAUAGAAGACAGCUUCAACUCAGGCGAGCCGGGAAGCGAGUUCAUACUGGUGAACGACUCGGUGGACAUAGCGUGGCUGUAUGAUCAUCCGCCAUUAUUGGGGCUCGAUAACAACUUAAUUCCAAGCAUUAUCUUUGAAGAAGAUCUAGUGUCUUGGGAUAUUCAAAUGAUUACUUAAAGUCUUCAAUUGGUGUGCUUUUUUUUUUCUUUUACAUUUUGCAAGUUUCUUCGUUUGUUUUGCUACUUUUGCUAACUGGUCCGCAGUCGAAACUGUCACUGUAAUAUAAUUAAUCCACACAAUUUAAUGCUAGUUAUGUUUGCCUUUCUACGA